AUGGGAGAACCAGAAAGAGAAGUCUAUUAUGUUUUCAUGAACCAUGAUCCUCAGUAUGAGCGUCUAAGACAAGACCGAUCUAAGAAAGGUGUUCAGUUGCUGAAUAGAUAUCUAAGCAAUAAGCACAAGCAGUUCUUGGCAAAGCUUCUGCUGCCAAAUUCUUACAACAAGAAGUCAUCUCUGGCCAUUGUUGAUGGUUUUGCUGUGGAAAUAACCCAACAGCAGGCAGAAAUCAUUAGAUCUGCAAAGGAAGUGAGGGUGGUGGAUAAGAACAUGGAGCUUCCCAGUGGGGCUUAA